AUGCCCACAAUAUCGCCAACAAAAUGUUCAAGAUUGCGAUUAUUACCCUCUCCUUCACCGGAUUUCUACAACAAAGAGGAAUCGAACAGGUUCGACGCGUCUCUCACUCCCAUAAAACCAAUUUUGGUGCGGAAUGCGACCAUCUGGACCGGCGAAGUAGCAGAAGGCCUCGAACUUAUUUUCGGAGACGUGUUACUUGAUAAAGGUAUCAUUAGAGGCGUAGGAAACGUUAAAUCUGUUGAGGGAGAGGUUGAAGAGAUUAAUGUUAACGGAGUUUCGGUAACAUCUGGAACUAUAGAAUUGCACUCCCACCUAGGAGGCUUUUCUUCGCCCUCGCUUUCCGGGUUAGCAGACACAAACUCUCGUAACGGCCUUGCUCAGCCUUGGCUUCGCUCAGUUGACGCACUCAACGCCCAUGAAGCAUAUAGGCUGGCUCUCGCGGGCGGCGUUACAAGUGCUCUUCAGGUGGCCAAGCGUUUCCUAUCAAGCUUCGACCUACGUCCGAAAAAUGGACUUCUUCGAUGUUAUUCGAAUCGCCAUUUGACUCUGCUUCACACCGGCGACACUUAA